CCCACCACUACCGCCACGGCUGCCGCACCUCCCGUCGCUCCCUUCCAUCCGGUGCACCGUACCGACACGCUCCCCAAGACCCUUCGCGGCCUUAACAAGCCCAAGUGUAAGCAGUGCGGCAAUGUCGCUCGCUCCAGAAUGCAUGCCCUAAACAGAUUGGAGAAAUGGGCGACCCCGAUCUUUUUUGUAUUUCAAACUUAGUUCCAUCUCCUCAGCGAUAUAGACUCAAACCUCAAACUAAGAGUUUUGAAGAAAAGUAAAAAGAAAUUAGGAGAAAUCGAGAAAGGGACGGAGGAAAUAUGGAAGAAGAAAAGUUGCUCUCAACAAUACGUUCUGAGGGCUGGCUAGUCCAAUGGCGGAUGAAGACUGCUGCUGAGAAGAGUAAAAGAUGAAGGCGAACUGUUUGAACAGCUUUACCAUGAAAGAAGCUAGUAUACCAUUUAGGUAAUCUUGUUCCACGUAUCGACAAGACCCACUAUCCAGGUGUCCAUACGAGUCAUGUAAGAGUUGCUGCUCAAAAGCUCAAAAUCCUUGUCAUAUUCAUGCUUUAUGUCUGGUGAUGGCUGAUGGCUUUGAGCAACUACUCUGAUGAGUGUAAAUGAGGGAAAGUUGGUGGUUUCCUAUAUCGAGGAUUGAGUAAGCUAUCUGUGGCAAUGUUGGAAUCUUAAAGUGGAUCCUAGGGAAUAAUGACGGCUGCUUAGUGUCUUUGAGCUGCUGAAAGCAUCAUGAACAGUCUCGGAAACACUGCGUUCCUAGCCCUAAGGUCUUUGGGUGUGUUGGAUGAAUAUCCAUAUUUGAAAUGUUGCAAAAAUAGAAGAGUAGUGGGGCAUCUGGUUAAAUGUGAUACUGUUAUAGGCUUGGCAUGCUAGCGGGUAACUAUUUAUGCUUAGAAGCAUGAAGUGGCAAUCUGUUCCAUUGGUGGACAAGAUUGGUUAUGUAAAAUUUUGAUCAUGGUUGCUUACCUAGGUGAGAUUCUUAUUAAAUUGUGCGUGUCAGAACCAUCAAGUGCUCUCUCACACUACACAGAGACAGCAAGGUGUCUUGAUAAGGUUUUGAAAACAAAUGCAACUUUUCCAGACAAGGCACCAACCUCACACUCUCCUCUAUUUGACCAUCAAUCAACCGAUGCAUCACCAUCAGGGAAUUCCCAUAGAGUUGCAUCAUUCCGGCAACUUUCGAUCAAUUUUGCUCAAUUCAAUAAUCUGCAUAUUCCGCUUCGUUCGAAGAGGCCUUUGACCAGAAAGGAUGCCGUGGCUAUUAAUGAGUGGAGAUUUUCCAAGUUGAGGGAAUACAAGGACGGAAACAUUGAAGUGGAAAAUGAAGCUUUUGAUCGAUACAUGCAGAACGUCAGCCUAUUAGAGCAAGUGUUUUCUGUGGAAUCUAUUGCAGAGGAGUCGAUGAGGGAUGGAUCAUCCAUAUCAAACCAAAAUACUACUACUAAUACUACAGAAGAUAACACUGAGGCUACGGUGUCAGGACUGAAGUUGAAGUUGAGAUCAAAUCCAACGAGAACCAGUAACUUCCGAAAGAGGAUACAGCAAAUUGUUGACGAGGGACUAAAGAAGCUUCAGAAAUGCGAGUUUGAUGACGGGGGCAAGAAAUCAAGUGUGCCAAAUGGAUUGGAUAAAGGGCCUAAAAAAGAAGAAACACGGUGGGCUGGAAGGACUUCUGCUUUUGGCGAUCUCAUUGAUAAGCUGAACAAAGCCCGAAACAAGGAGGAUUUGAAGGCAUGCUUGGAGUUGAAAUCUCAGCUCUUCAGUGAACACAAAUUGACUGGUAGAACAGAAUCGGAAGACGCUGACAUAAUGAAGAAACAUACUGCAAAGAAUGAUUCGGAGCCCGGAAAGGAGUGGAAUUGUUCGUUUCCUAAAGUGAUUAGCGCUACCGAAAUUGAUCAAGAAACUCUGAAAAGUGUUAAUGCACACUUCUGUACCCUUGAGCAGAUAGAAGGUUUAUGAAUAAAAAGAUUCAAAAGGUAAGAUUUUGCUGUACAAUUUGUACUUUUGGUCAGUUUUAGUGGUGUCAUAGCUUAGUGUAAUUUCAUCCUUGAGUUACUGUUCCUGUUCAUAUAUCAACAAUGUCUCCUAUAUUUUACUUUCUAAAAAUGUUUUUAUGACAGUUGCUUCUAAUUAGCAUUUUUAA